ACGCACACGCACACGUUUGCGCGCGCACUCGUAUUGCAUCGUGCAGCGUUGUUCGUAUACGUAGAGCCUGUUGCUCCUUUGCCGUAACAGCGCGGCCCGCGUUUCAGUGUAACGGCGGCUUUCCGUGACAAUGGACACGACGCCGGAGCCGUCCUCCUAGUCCCCGCCCAGCUGCAGUGCCGCCGAGGCGAGUGAGAGAGAGCGAGCGAGCGAGACGGCCCGCGUGCACGUCGUCGUAUAGUAGACGCGCACACACACGCACUUCUCUCUCUCGUGACGUGAACGUCGGUCGUCACGUGCUGCGUGCGUUGUUUUCGUCGGUCGUCGUGUCCGUGUGUCGGUUUUGCGCGCGCGUGCGUGUCCGCGUGUGUGUGUGUGUGUGUGUUCGGUGUGUGCGUGCGCGUGUGUACGCGCGGCGACCAUCUGUGCGCGCCCCGUCGUCGUCGUCGUCGCGUAUUUCGCGUCUGACGCGGGGGAACGGAGAGACAGAGUGAAAAAAAAUAUAUAAGAGAUUUCUGGCCACGAGAGGGUGGUGUGCGUUAAAUUCGAACGCAGACGGUGGCGUAGGAGGGUGAACCGUGUCGUAUACGAUUUUCGAACUAUACGCUAUUAAUAUAAUAACAAUAAUAAUAAUAAUAGUAAUAGUAAUUUUGAAAGAAAAUAAUAUAUAUUGUAUACGACGAUCGUCUCUAACCUCCUGCAUCACCGUGUCGCGACCGCCGCCGACAUGCACCACUAUCGUACCAGGGAAGACGAGGCGCCCUGCGGGGGAGACCCGUAUUUCUAUCUGAGGCUCUCGGCCGGCGCCGCCCCUUACAGCCCCCUUGAGCCCAUCAAACUCGAAGUGGACGUGAAACCCGAACCCCGGUUGACGCCGGUGGACGACUGCUCGCAACGCGUAUCCCCCAACUCGGCUUCCGCGGUAAUGGAUACCGCCGGCGGUUGCGGCGUCGCCGCCGCCGAGGUGGACAUCGGUGGUUGUGCCGGGGUUAUCGUGGGCGGCGGCGGUGUGGGUCUCGGUGCCGCCGGUGUCGAUGUCAAAGACGAGGGGGGCGCAACCGGAAUCGGUCUGCUGGCCCUCACGCAGCUCGACGGUUACGGCGGCUACAACAAUAAGUCAUCGUACUGUCACGCCGACGGCGGCGCGGUCGACUUGCAGCUGCAACACGACCGCGUCGGCGACGAGGACGACAAAGACCACUGCAAAUAUUCGUACGGCCGACUCAUGUACUCGUCGCCCGCCGACGACGGUAUCAUAAAACAUAAUCAGUAUGGUGGAGACGAAUUUUCACCAGAUCCAGCUAGAUUUGCUGCUCAAAAACCUGGUUCAUCUGUGUACAAUGCUGAUUCUUAUUACUUAGACAGCACAGGAAAUAAUAGCGAUGUUUGGACAACUAGUGCUACUGCUCAACUUCAGUCUCCUACUACGUAUACAGCAUAUACUAACCCACCCAAUGCGUUGCUGACCACAUCUCCAAACAUGACGCCAAACAAUUUUCCGCCAACAAACACUAUGCUAACACCAGAAAAUUUGGGCUAUAAUACUAUUGUUCCAAAUGCUAGCAUACCUCCUAGUGGUGUUUCACCUGCUACAGAUGGCCUAGGCACUUCCCCUCUACCACCUAUGUCAAGUUUGCGUGGAGCUCCUCCUUCUGCUCCAAGUCCAAUUGCAGUUACCCCUAGCUCAAUGAUGUACCCAGGACAUAACAGUCCCACUAUUCAAUCUCCCGGGGAUACACUUGGCAAAACCUUAGCAUCAAUAUAUCCCACUGACCAGAGUGUCAGCAGUUACAGUUCAAAUCCAUCUACACCUGUAAGUUCACCACCACCUUUGGCACCUUUAGCGCCUGCAAACAGUGCCGGAACUUGGACCCCUGGCGUAGUACCACCUCAUCCUGGAUCUCCUCAUUUUCCUACUGACCACCGCACUAUUAAUUUGGGUAGUCGUAUGGAAGAAAGACUGGAUGAUGCCAUAAAUGUUCUACGAAAUCAUGCUGAAAGUCAGGCUUUAAGUUUAGCUGGUGUUCAACAUUCCGCUUCAGGCAUUGUACCAUUGUAUCAUCAACAUUUAGGAAGUCCCCAUUCAGCGACUGCUACUGUAGGAGGUGUUCCAAAUACUUACCAAACACUUUCAACAUGUCAAGAUAGUGAUGGGCCAAUCAAAAUUGAAAGACUAAGCAAUAUCAAAAAGCGAAAAGAACCUCCAGACAGCUCAGAUAUCAAGCCUACUAGCAGUGACCACUUGUUAGUAAAUAACAUCGUUAAUGCCAAUUCACCCCCAAACAAUUCGCCUAUAAAUAAAAAUUCAAAACGAUCCCGUCGAUAUUGUUCUAGUGCCGAUGAAGAUAAUGAAGAUCCUUCAACAAAAGCACAUAGAGAAAAAGAACGCAGACAAGCAAAUAAUGUCCGUGAAAGUGUGGACGACGAGAGUGAAGAUCCUGAAUUAAAAGCUCAACGGGAAAAGGAGCGCCGCCAAGCAAAUAACGCUCGAGAAAGAAUUCGAAUUCGUGACAUUAAUGAAGCAUUAAAAGAACUUGGUCGGAUGUGUAUGACACACCUAAAAACCGAUAAACCUCAAACUAAACUGGGUAUUCUCAACAUGGCUGUUGAAGUCAUCAUGUCAUUAGAACAACAAGUUCGAGAGAGAAAUCUUAAUCCUAAAGCAGCUUGUCUAAAGAGGAGAGAAGAAGAAAAGGCCGAAGAUAAUGUUGGACCAAAAUUGGGACAUCAUUUAUCGGUAGCACAACACAUGGUUGUCCAAGGACCACAUUUUCCACCCAUGACUUUGCCAAAUAAUCAAGCAGGCCUGCCUCAUAAUGGACCCCAGUAGCGAUGGAGUACAACUUCACCUCAAAUAUUAUGCUCCUAAGUGAUUUGGAGGUGAUGGCAUUAGUUUGUCCUUACAUUAAAUCUCCAUUAAAAUAUUGCCAAGUAUAUUAAAUUAGUGAUAUUUUUUAUUCAUAUGACAUUGUUUUUUUUUUAUAUAUACUUGCAACAUAAAUGAUUUUUUUUGCUCUUUGUGAUUAAUACAAGCUAAGACCGAAGUUUUAUUAGACAUUUAGAUUAUAUAUUUUAAAUGUAAGUCUGAAUUCAGAAUAUUUAUCUAUCAGAGUAUAAACAUACAAUGUUCAAAUGUUUUUUUAUUUUGAAUUCAGUCUAAAAUCAAUACUUAAUUUAUAUACUGAUAUGUCUUAAUUUACCUAAGCUCUUUUCCAACAUUAGAUUAGCCAAUUUAAAACCAGUAAAUAAAUCACAAUCAUGCCCAAAUAAGUAAUUGCAGUAAGUACAAAAAGUACAAAUUUAAACUCAAAACAAGUUCUCAAUUUUCUUAUGCAACUAUUAACUUUUAUGUUAUAUUUUAAUUAUAUUUUAUUAUUGAUCAUUACAAUUGUUAUCAUUGGCGCAACUAAUUAAAAAAAAAAUAACACAAUAAGCUCUUCUAUACUCCAGACCAUGAGAGAUCAAUACCGCUAUUCGACCAAAACUUCUCCGAUUUCACGCAUUUCUCAUUCAACUGCCUACUGACAGCAGCACAUAAUGGAGAAAAUAGAGCCUCGCACCAUCUUCUGCAUUUGCGUGACAGUACUGAUCUCUCAUGGGCUGAAGUAUAGGUUAAAACCUUUUUACAUUCCUAUAUUCUGUACCAAAUAAUUAUAUACAUAUUAUAUAUUAUUUUUAUAACAAUUAACUGCUCUUAUCUAUUUAAAAAUAACAACUAUUUAUAUAUAUAAUAUACAAAUGCAUUAUAUCUUAACCAUAUAUGUUUAGCUUAAAACAAAAAACAUAAUAUAACAUUAGUAAUGUGGUCAUAUGUCAAGGGUUUUAUGUUUUACACAUACUUGAUAAAUUAAAAUAUUUUAAUUUUUGACUUCAAACUAAAUUAGAUUGCUUAUAAAAUAUAUUAUGUUAGUUGUCCAUCAUCUUAAAGAACUACACAAGUAGUAAAUAUUAUAUGAUGCUGAGCAUUGGAAAAUUACCUUACCAAGUUGUGCUAAUGAUUAUUAUAAAAUAAUAUUCAAGUUACCGGUUACUUCUUAAGUUCAAGGCUUACAAAUCUAUUCCUAAUUAGAUAGUAGCAUCUUAAAUUAAUCUUAAAAUAAUAUUUUUUUUUACUUAGAUUUGCUCUGUCUUCAAUAACGGUAUGAUUAUGUAUGAUUUAUUGAAAGUUGAUUUAUAAAUUUAUGAAAUAAUGUAUUUAAUAAAAGUUAUUUUUAAUACACAUGAUGUGUAUUCAUGUGUCAAAUACCAAAUAAAUUUUUAUUAGUAUAUUAGAAGAAAAAUGUAUAUGUUGAAGCUUUAAUUUUUUUUUCUGAUCAUUGUUUAUUAAAUAUAUUUUUUUUCUUAACAGAUAAAUAUUUUUUUUAAUAUAUAUAUAUAUAUCAAUUUGCAUUUCUUAGAGAAAAAUAAUUAAUUUCAUUACGUUUGCGCCAGUAUUAAUUUUACAAUCAAAAGUAUUAUUACAUUUUGAAACACAUUUCUACAAAUCUAUAUUGUAUAUUUAUUGUAAAAACCGUUUCCUAAUAAGAAAAAUCUCCAUAGUAAUAAUUUUUUUAAUUUUAUUUUAAGGUUAUUUUUAUUUUUACAUUAAAAAACUUAGCUUUAUAUAAAUUUUUUUUAAGUGCUGAAAGGUACCUUUAGAUUAUUCAUUCGUUACUUGCUGCAAUUUUAAUUAUUGUUCAGAAUAUAACAACAAUGGUAUAUAGUUAUGACAAUAUCACUUAUCAAUCUAAUUCAGUUAACAUUUAAUUAUUCAAGUAUAUUUAACAUAAUAUUAUGAGUGUAAAUAAACAUAUUGAUUAAAUAAUUAUCAGUGGUCAAUGUUUGUUAAAGUAAUAUUAUUCAUUUAAGUUAAAAGUUCUAAUGUCCGGUACUUAGAACUUGCUUAUAUGAAAACAAAACUAGUUCACAAGAAGAAUACUUAAUAUAAAUUCAAACAAAAUUAGAUUAUAAUUGAUACUUAAUUGAAGGUUGAUUAUCUUAAUGAACAUUAAUAAAAUUAUUGAAAUUUAAGUAAUAACAAAUUAUAGGAUAUACUUUUUAACUUAUUACUAUUUUGACCACUGUAAUUAUUUGAUACUGUUACAAGUUUUAUGUUUAAUGGUUUUAGUUACAGACAAAAGAUAAGUAUAAUUUGGUUUGCUUACAGCUAAAUUUAUAGCAUCAAUUAUUUUCCUACAACUUUUACUCAUAUUAAAGAAUUGAACCUGAUGUAUUUAAAAUGUAUUGAAGUUUAAUCUUUAUAAAAAAAAAGUCUUAGUUACCAGGUUUUACAAAUUUUAUUUUAAAAAAGUUUUUCAAUAGUCACUGUCUGUAACUAUUAAUCAAAUACCUCAUAAUUAUUAUUUUUACAUAAAUUGUAUAUCAUGUACUAUAACUAAUCCUGUCCCAUGUAUAAUGCUGUGGAAAAAUAUAAAUAUGUGUACUUAAUAAAUAUAUUCUAAUUAUUGUAUUAUACAAAUCCCACUUAAAUUAGGUUCAUGUAAGACGUGAUUUAGUGGUACAUGUUGUACAAAAUAUGGUGCUGCACUCAAGUUAAAAUAAAUAUUCAAAACAUACAAGAGUUUAUUCAAAUUUAAACUAUAGUUAAAUAGGUAUUAUGUAUUUUAAAAUAAAUUAUACUUUAUCUUAAUUAUUCUACAUACAAUCAAAGAAACUUUGUCCAAUACCUUUUAAUUUAAAUCGUACAGAGUUUUACUUAGUGCAGUGUUAUAUAAUAUGUAUAAUUAAUUUUCAGCCUGAAUACAUUUAAAAAUUUUAACUGUGAAAUUUACUUUUUGUUUUAAUUUAUAUUAACUUUUAGUUCUUGUAUUAUAUUAUUAAUUCUACAUAUAAACUUAUAUUUUAAUAUAGUUUUAAUAAAACCAGACAUUUUUCCUUCUAAAAUAAUUGAAUGUUUUUUUUUUAUAGAAUUAAUAUUUUUGAGACUUUGGAAGUUAAAAUGUUUGGUAUUAUAAUGUAGAUUAUUAUAACUUUUAAUAUAUAAGAAAAAUGACUGGAGUUGUUCUGUAUCAUUAUUUUAAUAUACAUAAUUUAUACUUAUAUUAAAAUUCCCCAUUAUUGUUAUUACAUUAUUAUUGAUUUUUUUUUUUUUUUUUUGUAAAAUUAGACUAAAUAAUAAAAAUGAUGAAAUAUUGAAAUAUACAUAAACUGAUAAAAAUAUAUACAUACAUACAAUAUACAUACAUAUUUUAUAUAUGUGUACAAUGUACAUCAUAUUUAUGUAUUAAGAUUUUAGUAAACUAUUUGUUAGUUAUAAAUGUAUAUGUUAUGAUGCCAUAAUUUGUAUUUUUUUCUUAUUAAAACUAAAAAAAUGAUUAUACAUUUUUUUUUAUUAUUAUUAUUAUUAUUAUUACUAUCAUUAAUUUAUAUUUGUCAUUCUUUAGUAUAUUAAUUAAAAUUAAUUUUGUUUUAUUUUACGUUUAACUUUAAAAAAUGAACAUCACUUUUAACAUCACCACAACAACAAUAAAAAAUUGUCAUCCAUAAUAUUUAUGUCGUGGUUUACUGUAUAUAUAGGCUAUAUUAUUUAUAUGUUAAUUUUUGUAACAUUUGAUUGAGAAUAAAAGUUUAAUAAUAUGUAUAAUAUUAUUAGUAUAAGAAGCA